AUGGUCCGACUUUCCAUCUUCGCAGUCAUCUUCGCUGCCGUCACUUCUGUCGCCGCUGACGGAUACUGUCAAUGCCUCUUCCCGGAUGGCUCCCACUGCUGCGUUGUUUCAUAUGGCAUCAGGAAAGAGUGCGUGGCGAAUUGCAAAGACAAUGGAAACUCAGACAGGAUGUGCAAUGCGGGUGGCAAGUACUCGGACGUUAGCUCGUGGAACGGAGGAUGGCGCCGUGCCUGCAAGUACGAGUACGUCGUCUAG